AAAAUUAAUAAAUAAUUAAUGAGUAGAAAUACCCUUUUACGCUUUAGUUUCAAUAGUAAACCAAUUUUAUCUUCUUUUUAUCCAGAAUUAUCUUUUUUGAAAUGUAAAAAAAGGUCAAUUUGGAUCCAAUCUGAGAAAACACCUAAUGAAAAUGCAAUUAAAUUUAUUCCUGGUGUUAAUAUUCUACCAGAGUCCCUUACAUCUAUAGAAUACUUGAAUAGCCAUCAGGCAACAUCAUCACCUCUUGCAAAAAAGCUUUUUGCUAUUGAUGGAGUUAAAUAUGUGUUUUAUGGACCUAAUUAUAUAACUAUUACAAAACAUUCAAAAAAUGCAUGGAGUCCUCUUAAACCAGAGAUUUUUUCGAUUAUUAUGGAACAUAUAAGUUCGGGCCAACCUAUCUUUUUACCUGAAACACAAGAUUUAGGUUCAAAUGUAAAUACAGAAGAUGAUUCAGAAGUGGUUUCUAUGAUUAAAGAAUUAUUGGAAACACGGAUUCGUCCAGUUAUUCAAGAAGAUGGAGGAGAUGUUGAAUAUAGAGGGUUUGAUAAUGGAAAGGUUUUUCUUAAACUUAAGGGUGCUUGUAAAACAUGUGAUUCAUCUGUUAUUACUUUAAAAAAUGGUAUAGAAAAUAUGUUAAUGCAUUAUAUACCCGAUGUAAAAGGAGUUGAACAUGUAAUGGAUAAAGAUGAAGAAGUGGGCAUUAAAGUAAAGCAAUAG